CUUGCAGCACUUAGUCAGUACAACAAAUAAGAAUCAUUCUCUUCUUCAACGACAGCAACGGCGACGAACACGUCUAAACCACUUCGAGCGCAGUGGCUGCUCGUCACCGCGCGACGAGUCCUGUAUGAACACGAGAAAUCAGAAUCAGACAAUAGAGUCCUCAGAGAACUGGGAUGACGAUUUUGAAUUCCAGCACAGUAACGAACCGAACCUCUUCAGCAAACAUCAGGCGGCUGCAGGACCCAGAUUGUCUGUCGCGAGUUCUGCCUUUACUGAAGAUUGGGACACCGAAGGAACCCAGCAGAACAUCAAACAUUCAUCAUCCAUAGUACUGGGGGACAGAAAGAAUUAUCCUGCGCCCGCGCUUGAAGAAUGGGCGGAGCCAGGACCAUCAACUCCUACAAAACGCUCUACAACCCAAGCGGAGAACUGGGAUGACGACUUCGAGGACAGGACUGAAUUCCCUACUAAACGGCACCCCCACGCCUUCUCUCUAAAGACACGCCACUCAUAUCAUACUCCUCCUCGCCUCAAAUCCGCGUCUGACCCCGAGAAUUGGGAUGACGACUUUGAAACAGACAAAACUGACACGACCCCAAUGACAAAACGGACGCGUCAGGAAGCGUAUCCAGACUCGUCGGAUGACGAGGCUGAGCUCGGGUUCACGGAUAAAGAAGAGGACAGAACUGUUACGGCUCGCAGCCGACCACCACUCAAGUUGAGACAGUCCCCGCCGCCGCCUGUACCUGCACUCCCCCUGUCACUCCUCUCACCUGUAGAACCAUUUCCACGCUCUCCGACUGUGUCUGUGUUCUCGAUACCGACUACAAGCGGACGUAACUCAGUAGGAUAUACGUCUACGUCACAUCUGGCACUGAGGCCAAGCGUCUCAGGUGGUUCACUUGCUAUGCUGCCACCCAGUCCACCAAUACACCGUGAGCGACGCAGACUACGGAAAAAGUCACGUCCUCCGCACAUAGAGAACAAUGUGUUCGAGUUAAUUGAAGAACAACACGACUCACCUCCACCACUCCCACCAUCCACUCCCGAGCGACCAUCUACUUCGCCCCUCCCUCAAUCCGACACAGGUUCAAUGGGCCCACAGAAGACGCCUCUCCUUUCGCGCAUCGGAUCAGUCAAGAAGUGGGGUGUGCGCAAGAAGCGAGCCAGUACGGGGCCAGCAGAGGUAAUGAUGCACGACCUUGGGCACGAAGACCAAGAGCACACGCCGCGCCCAACUAGCUCGCUCGCAUCUGUCCCUAGCUCUAGCACGCGACCGAGCUGGUUUUUUCGCUCUGGCGGCGCCCCUGGGUCUGGGUCCCCGCCGCCUCCACCCGCCGCCGAACUUAAGCACGAGAAAAGCAUGAAUAGCGUGCAUUCGUUUGUGCUAUCAACGCCCAGCAAGCUCUCAAAGCGCAAGUCGAGCAAGAUGUUUGAUCCAAAUAGCAGCAGCGAGGUCGUGGGGACACCCGGGAAGCCCUCGCUUCUCUCCGCGGCCAGGAGACCCACGUCCAUGCAGGUCCCACAGGGGAAGCUUAUCUCUACCUCUACAGGGACACGGCACACUUCAUAUGGCUCGUCAGUGGGUCGUGCGGCAUCCAAGACGUUCAGCCAUCCCAAUGAAAGUGUGGAUGAUCUGCAAUCUCGGGAGGGUAGCCGGGGCUUCAUGGGCGGCAUACGGAAAAUUAGCCUUAGUGCUGCCGAGGUCACACCCCUCCCACCAGUCCCUAUGAGCCCACCUCCUCCGCUCCCCGACGAGCCCAAGCAUCCAGAUCAAUUACUUCCUCCAAUAGAGCUACAGCCACCAUCCCCGCCCAGGACACUCAACGGGGUGACUGCGUCACAUUCCGUGCCAAUCAAUAUCAGCCAGGGUGUCGAGUCGUUAUUUGUGCCCUCGAGCAGCGCUCCUGCAUCACUAUCUCCAAAGGCCAGCCCCGUCUCUGCAAGCCGCACCUCUCCUGGCAAAUCAUCAUCCCCUCAAUCCGCAUCAUUAGGACGGGCUACGCAAGUUCCUCUUCCAUCAUCAUCUAGUGCAUUUGUCCUCCGGAGAAACUCGCUGGGCGACCUCAAGAUUCCAGCAAGAAUUAGUCAAGCUCAAAUCAGCCUUAAACGCGACCUUGGAAUGGUGAGGGAAUUUGCAGCAAGCGUUGAUAAACUUAAAGAGCUGCAGGCAAUUCACCAUCACCUAGUCGCCGAGGUACACACUGCCCUAGAGAGUUCUCCUCUAUCUCGAGCGGCUUCACCCCUCAUGAUUCAUCUUGCCCACCCCCGUUCCCGACUGCGCUCUAACACCGAACCCAAUUCUAACUUUUCAGAGCACAAGCAUUUAGCAGCAGCACUGAAUGCCAUCACGACCAAGUACAAGAUACCUUGGGAAUGUGCCGAGCUACUGAUUGAACUCGGCGGAGGCACGCCUUCCCCUGCUUCUCCUCCGUCUACCGCUGUAUCUGCACCAGCUGCGCAGAGUGAUAUCGACCUCCGGAAGAGCCGGGAGCGAGCAGUGACUCUGUCAGGCGAGGAAUCGAAGCUACCCUCGGGAUUCGUUGCGUCGGCUGCAAUGGGACAGUCCAAUCUGUCAUGGCGAUCGUCAUCAGGGCGUCACGAUCUCACCCAGCGACAGCUCGUUCUCUUGCGUGACAUCCUCAACAGUACAGAUGGUGCGCUCCCUGACGAUGCAUUGAUUUCAGAGGAGACGCAUGUCAACCGACAAUGGCGGUGGGGAGAUGCGAUGAGCAGCACAGUUACGCUUCCCUCUGAAGAAUCUGUGCAAGCUUCGCAGGAUGGAAAGAAAAGGCGACAUAGCCGAAUGGGCAUGAGUGGGCUAAGAGACAUGCUGCGGUCACUGAAGCGGGGCCAUUCAGGCCCGCCACCGCCGCCUGCGUCCACCACGUCUCUAAGCACCCAAUCAUCUAUGGGCUCCCAGAGCCAGCAUCAUUAUCCGCAUGCACAUCUACCUCAAUCACACCCCCAGCGAAACUCUAAAACAAGUGCUGGACCAGAGUCAGUGCGUUACACUCGGGAUGCGUCGAAUUCGCCGUACAGUGGACAGUCUUUAAAACACAAGGUAUCGCCACGCCGACCUUCACUCGCGUCUAUCUUCCGCCUGGGGCAGAAGAACAAGAAUGUGUCGUCUGGUGCAGAGUCUUCGCUAUCUAGCGCCCAUGGUUCGCGCUGUGCAAGCCGAGGCAGUGCUACGACAGAGGAGGAAGAUUGGGACCAGAUUGACUCUGUCGCGGAUCUUGAUGGAGCAGCGAGAGCACUGGGGAUCGAUGGGCCUGCCACGAUCAAGGGAAAGAAGGGACGCUCACCUUACCUAAAUCACCCUCAUGACAUGCGUCCAAUGUCACCCAAGCGGGCGGCGUGUUCCUCUCAGACGUCGUUGAAGUGCGAGCCAUCCCCUCGUUCCAUAAGGCCAAUGCGAUCGACUAGGCUGUCGAACGUGGAGGAGGUGGUUGAUGAUCGUCAGGCACGCUCGAAAUCGAACGCUCAGCACCGCAUCUCUUUACCGCGAACGAGCCCUUCACGACCGCCAUCUCGGAACUACAAGCUUGCAGUAUCGGGGUCUGUACGCUCUGCGCCUCCACAGCCGCCGGACGGUGACUCUUCGCUACUCUCCGAAUUUAAAUUGUCGAUGACACCGGAAAAUAUUAAGCCGCUGCUCGACAAUGCGAAGGAGGUGCAUCUGCGCUUAAAUGAGUGUAUCAGGGAAGUACGGGCGCUACUGGACGCUUCUGCGAACUCGCUGUCAUCGUAGUUCAUUCAUCACACUUCGAUUUGGACUUCAUCAUCAACUGCAUAGUUAUAUCUAGAUAUCUGGUGUAUUGUUCUUUUAUUUUCUUGGUUUUUCUUUUGUGCUCGAAGGACAUCACGUUGAUAUUUAUGACAACACGUGCGUACCCUGAGUCAACGUUCACGAACAUACUUUAUACAUGUGCAAUACGAAAUAAAUUGAACUUCACACCA